CGGGUGCCAUAUAUAGACCACUCAUUCACGUCCUUUACUGUAUUCAAGCAGCAUUCCUCAUAAAUACUUCUCUCUUUCUCUGUAUUUUCAUUUUUUUGUUUUGGGGUGUUUUUGGUCUUAUGAUAAUGGAAGAGAAUUGGGAUCCGUUAGCCCGCAGAAUUCCCAGCUUUGGUCGUGGCCUACGGAUCCUUCUGGUGGAUCAUGACACUACUUCUCUCAUGUACAUAUCUUCAAUGCUGGAAUCCCAUUCCUUCAAGGUUACAACCAUUGAACUAGCAUCUCUUGCCAUGGCCAUAUUUGCAGAGCGGAAGGACGAAUUCGACUUGGUUAUGGCCGAUGUUAACAUGCAGGAUAUGACCAACCUUUGCUUUAUCCAACAAAUACUUCUUAUGAAAAAUCACAUGCCCAUCAUUUUGAUGUCCUCCAGGUAUCCUGGCAAGAUAGUUGCAGAGCAAGCCCUGAGAAAUGGGGCAUGUUUCUUUCUUCAGAAACCUGUUUCUGACAAUGAUCUGAGAGACUUAUGGCAACAUGUGUAUCGGAAGAGAAGGUCUUCGGAAUUUCCAAAAGAGAGGAGUAAAUCUCAAGGUGUGAAGAUCAAAGAAGAAUCCGCUAGUGCGUUUAGAAAUGAUUGGUUUAGGGAGGUGGGUAGUGUGUCCAGGACCAACUCUAGGACUGCCAAUGAAAAUGAUUUGCAUGGCACUAAUCAUGAACAGUGGAUAGCUGAUCUAAAAGGGAAGAAUAAGCAAAUCAAACCGGACAGUGGCCUAGUUAAGGGGGAUGCACAAACUACUGAACGUGAACUGUUGAGGAUGGCAGCUGACCAAAAACCAGGAUGCAAUGAUAGAAAGAGAUCAAAUGAAGACAACACAGAAAAAAGAAAGUGCAAAAGGAAAAUCUACUCUGAACAAAUUCAUUCCCAAGGUAUAAGCCCCAUUGAAGAAGACGGGAAUGAAAAGAAACAGAAGAGUAGCACCUUGGAGAAAAGGCAAUGUAUGAGGUGGACUCCAGAUCUUCACUUCAAAUUUACAGAAGCCAUCAGAAAACUGGGUGAAAAAAAGGCUAGCCCAAAAGCAAUACUAGAGUUGAUGAAGGUGCCGGAUUUGAGACAAGGCCAUAUUUCCAGCCAUCUGCAGAAAUACAAAGCACAAGUUCAGAGCAUGUUGGACACCUGUGGGAAUACUCCACUGCCACUUCCAUCUUCUGUGAAUAUAUCAACAUCCAAUGGCAAUCGCCAAAUGGGAGUUCCACAAUUCCAGGAGCGGCAGGGCUCUGUUGGAGUUAACGCUAAUUCAUCAUUGCAGCUUCAUCCUCCACUCUCUCUGAAGGCUAGUCCUGUACCAGGAAAUGCAGGGCCUAGCAACUCAACUGAGCACAAGCAGCAUCCAAAUCCAACCAAAAACAACAAUGGAGUUCAAAUGGUGGGUUAUGGAAAGCAUCAAGGGACAAGCCAAAUAAGGGAGAGGACAGGACCUUUUCCAAGUGAUGUCAACAUGAAUGAGAAUGGAAAGGGGAAACAGCCUCUGGGAUUCCAAGGGAACAGUGAUCCAUAUGUGGCACUAGAUCAGGCUGCUCUUCAUAGAUUGACUGCUCAGCAGUGUUGGCAAAGUCUAACCCAGUUUCCAACACCAUUUAAGAGGUUAACUGAGGCGCAAAAUUUGGUGCCUAGGCUGACUUCUUCUGCCGGUAGACCCAACUCAGACAUUCCUGAUGGCAUUAAUACUACUGAUGAUGCUAUACCACGACUGGCUCAUCUAGCCAAUUCAGCAAAUCAGAGCGUUGCCCAUGCCCCAGGUACAGGCCAUGGUGGAUUGGAUGAGAGCGGUUAUGAUUGGUUGACUGAAUGGUUAAGCAGAUCUCUAGAUGAAGAUAAUCCAGAUGCUCGUAACUUCGAUGGGCCAGACAAGUAAACUUUAUGUACUGUUAACACAUGAUAUUGUUAUUAAUGUACAAAUAUGGUUGAGCGGUGUUUCUUGUGUUACUGAUUGUUUUCCAUUUAUUUCCAUUGUUAUUACUCUUCCAUCCACUGAUUCUCCUAUUAAAUAUUCAAAUAGCCUGGCCUAAAAAACUCUUUAUCUCCAAAACAAUGGUCUAUGAUGCAUGCACUCAAUCCACAUUAUUUUAACCAAAAGUCUACAUCCAAAAGAAAUCCAGAAGCAAUUGCAUUGGAUUGCUCGAAAUUUUGAUAAAAAAAUUUGCUUUCUGUUGUUGGUGUUGGAAUUCAUCUCUAUUGCCAUGCCUAUUUAUGGAAGAUCACACAGCAUACUUACAAAGUACAUAGAAUAUAUUUACCAAAACUUCAUGUGUGCUUGUGUGUGCGCACAGUCCAAGAGCAGGUCAAAUGAAAGAUCCCAUAUUAUAGAUGUUUCUAAGAAUAACAAUGAAUGAUACAGUUACAUUACUUCAAGUAUCUAUGUUGGUUAUUGGACCUUUAAACCAGUGUCGAGCACUUAUGAUCCAAGAAGCAACUGCGAGAAAAAGAAGGCCACCAACUGCGACCGGAGUAUAGUUAAGAGUCUCCGUUGUGAUGGGGUAGGCCACAGGCAAUGAGAAAAGUACUGAAAUUGUUAUCACCCAAAGAACUGCAACCCAGCCAACAAGGAUUCCGUAGCGGCCCAAAUUGAAAGGUCCUGGAAUAAAUGACUUACGGGCCAAGGUCACCCUAAAGAAGAUGGGGAGGGCAUAAGCAAUGUAGAGUCCAAUAGUUGCAAUUGAUACCAUGGCUUGAAAUGCCACAAGGCUUCCCAGUGAC